GUCAACAAACUUGCUUUAACUCUUGCAGAGACAUCUUGCUGCACUUUCAGCGUCAUCCAGCUUUUUUUCCAGCCUCAGCAUCAGCUCGAUUGAAGUGGAAAGCCAACCAUGUCCAUCAUCAUCAAGGGAUUUCUGCUGCUGGCCAUCGUGGUCUGCAUCUCUUACGCCCAGGUAAAUGAAGCAGGACAGCAGUGUCUGUGUCAGCGUGUCAGGAACCGCAUGGAAAAAAGGUCUGAAAUAAAGGACAUCCAGAUCUACCAGGCUACCGUCUUCUGUACAAAAGUAGAGAUUGUUGUUACCAACAACAACGGCCUUCGCUAUUGCCUGAACCCUGAUCUGAAAGCUGUAAAAAUGAUUGUGACCAACAUUUUAAAGAAUAAAAAGAUUGCAGCCACCACUUCCACUGGUUUGACCUCUUCCACUUCCACUUAAGCCAAGACCUCAACCCCUUUCUGAUUCUCCUCUUCACCAGCUUGUUAAAGAAGAAGCUUGUUUAAGCUCUGAGCCCUCAACGAAUGUAGAUGUGAACAAGUUGAAACUUGUGAAACUAAGCUAUUUAUCUUGUAUUUAUUCUAAUGUGCUCUUACUACUUACUGUUUAUCUAAUCGUUUUCAUAUUGCUGUGUUUUGUAGGUAAAUUUAUGUUUACUAUUUUUCUGUUUUUUUACUUGCUUCAGAUGUUUUGUCAAUGCAUUCAUAUUUGUUCAACUUGUUCUAUACAUUGUGUUGUUUCAGAUUUUUUUUCAUAAUAAAAUAGAAAAUCAACAGAGAUCU